AGUGAAGAUACGAAAGUGCAUAAAAGGAAGUUCCAUUUCUUGCUCGUUGAACCGGGUAUCCAAGAGUUAAAUUUAAAAGAAAUGCCAAACUACGGCUGUAAUGUGAGCGGCUUUCAAUUAGUCGACUUCAAUAAUAUGACAGUCAAAGUUUUUCUAUCAUCUUGGUUAACAAUAGACCCAACAGAAUGGCCAGGGGCCGGUGUUAACACCAUAACGUACGAAGCAGCCCUGGCAGUUGACGCAGUCAGUCUGUUUACACGUGCUAUGAAAAACCUUUCAAAUAAUGGCUUGUUUGAGUCGUUGUUCAUCCGGUCUAAAAGUGGAACAAACAGCAGUAAGAGCUGUGCUACAGUCCAAAAACUGAAUGUUUGGAAUAAAGGCAAAAUAGUUUUAAAAGCAAUGAAAGAG